GCUGCUGAUUGGUCAAGAGACCGCCGCUCUGCGCAGCGCCGGCUCCGCCCCCCCUCGGGUGUCUGUGGUGGGGCUGCGGAGUCGCCGAUCCCGCCGGAAGCGCCAGGACAAUGGGGACCCGGGACGACGAGUACGACUACCUAUUUAAAGUGGUGCUCAUCGGGGACUCAGGCGUGGGCAAGAGCAACCUGCUGUCGCGCUUCACCCGCAACGAGUUCAACCUGGAGAGCAAGAGCACCAUCGGCGUGGAGUUUGCCACCCGCAGCAUCCAGGUGGACGGCAAGACCAUCAAGGCACAGAUCUGGGACACUGCUGGGCAGGAGCGCUACCGCGCCAUCACCUCCGCGUACUACCGCGGCGCGGUGGGGGCGCUGCUGGUCUACGACAUCGCCAAGCACCUGACCUAUGAGAACGUGGAGCGCUGGCUGAAGGAGCUGCGCGACCACGCGGACAGCAACAUCGUCAUCAUGCUGGUGGGCAACAAGAGCGACCUGCGGCACCUGCGAGCCGUGCCCACCGACGAGGCCCGCGCCUUCGCAGAAAAGAACAACUUGUCCUUCAUUGAGACCUCAGCCCUGGAUUCCACCAACGUAGAGGAAGCGUUCAAGAACAUCCUCACAGAGAUCUACCGCAUCGUGUCACAGAAGCAGAUCGCUGACCGCGCGGCGCACGAUGAGUCCCCCGGCAACAACGUGGUGGACAUCAGCGUGCCCCCCACCACCGACGGACAGAAGCCCAACAAGCUGCAGUGCUGCCAGAACCUGUGACGCCCCGCGGCCGCGCGCGUGCACGUCCCUCCUGCCCGGCGUCCCGACCCGGGCGAGGCCUCCAGGCGGCCGGGAAGGCGGAGCCCGCAGCCGGGAGCCGGGUGCCCCGUGCUCCAGGUGGACUCCAGGGCGCCGUCUUCCGGGCCGCCACGCCGCCGGGAGAGGACCCCGCCCGCCCGCCCGCCCCUGCACACAGCGCCCCGUCUUGUCCCCCCGUCUGGUCAGGAACCUGUUUUCGAGUGAAGCAAUAUCUCCGUGUUUUGUAUAUACAACCGCUCUUGUAGCCUUUGGUUUUUGUUACUGUAGAGAAACACAGAUUCUUUAUACACUUUGUAAGAUUUACGGCAGACCCCCGCUCUCGGUCUCCUAUUCUCCCUUGGCCCCUGCACUGUUGCCCGUUACUAAAAUGUAUCAGCCACUUCCUGUACAGUA